CGGCUGUGAUGCCACAUGAAGCAGGAAGAGAGAGAGAGAGGAAAGAGGGAACAGCCGUCCAGCUAGAUCAGAUUGCUAAAGAGUGAUAGAGAGAGCAGUUGGGGGACAUUUACUGGCUUUUAGGAUUUAAAAAAAAAAAAAAAGGACAGGGUAAAGGAUUAAAAGUAAGAAGGACCUGCUGAAACGACUGCCUCAAGGAUGGAGAUGCAAAAACCCGAAUUGUCUUUUGGAUAGCUCUGUUUUAAAAAGCUUUGCACCCCACUUUGCAGGUCCAGGCAGAGAGCGAGUGGCAGCAGCAGCGGUGGCCCCGAGGUUCAAGGGUGGCAACUACAUUUCGUCUGCACUGGAAAAGGAUGAUGAGACCCAAAGGUGCAGAGGAUGACGGAGUGGCCCUCUUCUGUUUUUGAGUAGACGGAGGAGGAGAAGCUGCGGCUGCAGACGCGCAGAAUGCCUCAGUUUGGUUAAUGGGAGCACUGGGAGAGGACACAGCGCCCCACGGUUCUGGAGCCCCCGUCUCAGACAGGUGGGGAUAGAGGAACUGGAUUCAUACACUGAGCUCCCAUUCUGCCCCCUAAAUGACUCACUAAAAUGCAGCUUAGCCAGUGAUCAAGCUGCGAGGGGCCUUGAUCACGCACUUGGACUCCAGGCCUGCCCGUCUGACAAAAGCCCGGCAGCUGGAGACGACGUCAAGGAGUAUGAGUGUGGGAAGAAUCAACCGUUACAGCAUUGUUUCGUCAGAGGAAGAGGGCCUCCGCCUCACUACCAUGAACGGCAUGAACGGCUUUGGGAAUGGCAAGAUCCACACACGCCGCAAGUGCCGCAACCGCUUUGUGAAAAAGAAUGGUCAGUGCAACGUGCAGUUUGCCAACAUGGACGACAAGUCACUGCGCUACAUGGCUGACAUCUUCACCACGUGCGUCGACAUCCGCUGGCGUUGGAUGCUGGUAGUCUUCACUCUUGUGUUUGUCAUAUCUUGGCUGGCCUUUGGGUUGGCCUUUUGGGUCAUUGCUUUGCUGCACGGGGAUCUGGACAACCCAGCUGGAGACGACAACUUCACUCCCUGUGUGCUGCAGGUCAACGGAUUUGUGGCUGCAUUUUUGUUCUCCAUUGAAACACAGUCGACCAUAGGGUAUGGCUACCGCUGCGUGACCGAGGAGUGCCCAGUGGCCGUCUUCAUGGUCGUCUUCCAGUCAAUAGUUGGCUGCAUCAUUGACUGCUUCAUGAUAGGCGCCAUCAUGGCUAAAAUGGCGAGGCCUAAGAAGCGAGCGCAGACGCUCUUGUUUAGCCACAACGCAGUAAUUGCCAUGCGGGAUGGAAAGCUGUGUCUUAUGUGGAGAGUGGGAAACCUUCGCAAGAGUCACAUUGUGGAAGCUCAUGUCAGAGCACAGCUAAUCAAACCUCGGAUAACUGAUGAGGGGGAGUAUAUUCCGCUAGACCAGAUAGACAUUAAUGUAGGGUUUGACAAAGGUUUGGACAGGAUCUUCUUGGUUUCACCCAUCACUAUUCUCCAUGAGAUAGACGAGGAGAGCCCUCUGUUUGGAAUCAGCAAGCAGGACCUGGAGACGGCAGACUUUGAGAUCGUCGUCAUCCUAGAGGGAAUGGUCGAAGCGACCGCCAUGACCACGCAGGCUCGCAGCUCCUACCUGGCCUCUGAGAUUCUUUGGGGCCACAGGUUUGAACCUGUCCUGUUUGAGGAAAAAAACCUGUACAAGGUGGAUUAUUCACACUUUCACAAAACAUACGAGGUGCCGUCCACCCCUCGCUGCAGUGCCAAGGACAUGGUGGAGAACAAGUUCCUCAUGCCCAGCUCCAACACCUUCUGCUAUGAAAACGAACUGGCCUUCCUAAACCGCGACGAGGAGGAGGAGGACGACUUAGGUGGCGGGAGCAGAGCAUUGGCAAAUCUGAGUCCGGACAGGAACAGCCGACAUGAGUUUGAACGUUUACAGGCCACCAGGUCGUUGGAUCAAAGAUCAUAUCGUAGAGAGUCGGAAAUUUGACGCUAACUCAUUGACCAAGCAUCAGAUUCCUUUAACUUUAUCCAUGGAAUAAAAAUGCAGAACAAUGCAAAGUGCCAUAGGUGGAGCUAAGAAUUGUAAGAGAAAUGAAAACGAAUGCAAAACCCUUAAAAAGGGAUUUUUUGGAAAUGCAAGUGUGUAGAUGGCGAUGGCAAGUAACAUCUACAAUUAAGGAAAAAAUAGACAUCCUUCCUUCACCAAAACUUGAAUGUUUUUUCACACGAUCAUUUUGAGUUAAGAAUGCUACGUUUUUUGGCAGGACCUUAUGAUACAUCUUAGGUGUAAAUACAUUUCCUAAAUAAGCCGUUUUGUGUCCAGUACCAGAUUCAAAAGCACCUUUAAAAGUAGAACGUGUUCUUGGCCACCCUUAGUAAUGUUCUGGAUCUUCUCUUCAGCUCGUCUAGCAAUGCUUUAAUUGGCUGGACAAGCAUAAAGGAAGACAUUAAGAAUUCAGUCACAAAAGUAAGACAUCAUUUUGUAGCUUUGUUUUAAAUUCUGGCACAAAAAUAAAAUUUUUACAGGAGAGCAGGAAACAUUAAAUGCGCUUUUAGUUUGACGAAGAAUGUAACGAUCAACUGAAAUGAAACAGCACAAACACUUUAUGAAUUACUACAGCACUUAUGAUGAAUUCAUACGUGUCAUGGUUUUAACAUAAGAACCACACACGCAAAAGUGGUGAAAAGUAACAUUUCACAUGCUUUAAGGACAUGCUGCAACAAUCCAGGUUUAUCCUGAUGAAGGUCAACCAUGAAAAGCUGUUCUUUGUAAUCUGACAAAGAACAACAACCUAAACUACAACCAUACUUUUGUAUAUCAUGUAACCAACAGGUAAUUAUUUUUUUGGCUGGUAUCCAUAAACUCAUAUAUAUUCCAUAUGAAACUUAAGCAAUAGUUUGCAUUUUUGUUUAAAUGCGGUUGUGCGGAGCAGUUACAAGACAUCACUAUCUUAGCAGGAAUCUCAGUGUAUGAAUGUCAGUCAGAUCUCAUGGCCAAAUCAAGCUAACAAUCUAAAACAACUCAAAUUCUAAAUCCAAAUGAUAUAUAACGUAUUUUGAGAAAUUAUAACUUUAACAUGAGAUUUUUAAUUUAUUUUUUUACUCUUUUGAAAGUAAAAAAAGUAUUAGAGCAAAAUAGAUUUUGAGAGCAGACCAUGUGCUGAUAAAAACAUCCUUCAGCUGGUCACUAACAUUUAGCUCAGGUAAAUAUCCUUUAAUCUCCUCAAUCUAAAGAACCAUUUUUUAACAAAUAAAACUGAAGUAAAAGUUAACAUAAAUUUGAUCAGUUUUAAAAUUUCUGAGCAAUAUUUAUUUCAUUGUACUAAAUUUAAAAAUAAAAUUCCAGCCGUCUUUAAAAUGUGCAGGUUUUAUCAAGUCGUAACACAGAAGACGAUUGAUUGAGAAAAUAGACAAAGUAGAAUCAACUGUAAUGCAUCAUGUGAAUUUGUCUUGAUGUAAAAAAUACCAAAUGUAGCAUUCCCUCAAAACACAAAGAAUAUUGUAAGCUUAUGUUGCGUUAGAUGUUGGAUAACUCCUCUGAAAUGGGCACUGCACUAAGAAGCUGUUAGCGUGUAUCUUCUGUUCGAACAUCUCCUGAUAUUUUCAGGUAAAACAUUUACUGCCCGCAAUUAAUCCAGACAACCCCACUUUGUAAAAACAAUUGCAAACCACGUAAUCCAAACUGGUACAGAUGGAUGACAUUCCCUCUGUUUUUUUUUUUCUGUUUAAAAUGAAUCUAUGCAUAUUACCCAAAUCAGGGGAUAAACAUCUAAUCUAAUCUGUAUGUGAAACAACUGUGUGAUGACAUUGCUUUAAUCAAUAUCCACUGUAGUAAAUGAAAAAUGGUGUGAAGUCGGUUUCUCUUUUUCUUCAUCAUGAAGAAAAAGGGAAAUUCAAAGGUGAAGAUAAGCUGGAAAUGGAAAAUGUCUGUUGAUAAAAAUGAUUUAGUCGUGAUUAACAAAACAUAUUAAUGGGUAGCUAAUGUGUUUUGAUUCGUUAAAAGGUGGAAACACAGUGGCUGUUACAAGAAUGAGAAAUGUGAACAUUAGUUAGAAAAAAGGAUCGUGAACAUAAAGGCAACAAAUGACCAACUUCAUCUGAUUGGUUAAAAUCACACUGUAGACAGAUAUUUAGCUAAGAAAAAAGAGCAGAGUCAGCGUAGAGAGGCAUUAAUAGAAGCAAUAAACACUGAAGCACAUCAUUUUUCAGCCAAUUUAAUUAAAUGUGUUACGAUUUCGUCUUCACCAAGCUUAUAAAUCCAAAGAAGUUUUUGAAGGAUAUAAUGGAAAUGUUUUUGUUUUGUUUUUUCAUUUCAACUGUACCUGUAUCACUAUUAGUUUUUGUAUAUAUUUGAUACCAAAGUAACAAAGUGUUGCUUAUAAUCAAGUUAAAAAUUGAUUGUUCCCACAGCAGCCAUCCAAAAUCAUUUAGGCUGACACUUGCUGACUGACAGAAAUCAUUGAAAAAAGACAAAGAAAAUCAAGUUUAAAGCAACAUUGUCUCUCCCUGCCAUGGACAAUAGGAAGUGUAAUAGAGCCCAUACUGGAUGCUUCAUCAGAAUUUAUCACUAAUAGUAAUACUAAUAUCUCGCCUGAACCGAUUUUUGUUGAUGUUCACACACAUCUACAGAAGAGAGAUAAUGGAAUGUGGUGAAAUAUGAAAACAGAAGGAGAACCAUGUAAUGGUUGUUACGUUGGUCACAAUGACUAAUAUUUUCUUAAUAGUCAUUUAAAUGGUACGUCUGAUGAUAAUAUUUCUUAGUAAUUUGUUAGAGAAUAGAAAAAUGUACAGUUGGGCAAAAUAAGUAUUGAAUUCAUUUCACAGGAGAAGAAUCGGCAUGUUGACUUGAGGAUCAGACUAGAUGUUGGUAACAACCUAUACAAUCCAUAAGUAGGAAAUCAUGAAAACAAAUAUAUAUGAAGUAAUAAUGUGGAAUAAAGUGAGAUGACACCAGCUAUGAGUACUGAAUGAAUGAAAACAGCGCAAAAAGGGAGAGAAAGUAAAAUAGUUGGCCGAUAAGAAGAUUUCUCAACAUGUUCUGAUGAGUAAGAGAAAACGAUUGCAUUUCUAAACUGGCAAUAGUUCCAGUGAGCAUCAUUGGUGUCAACAUGUAGAAUUGGAAAGAUCCAGUUUCCACCAUAAAGUGGUCAUGACCAAGCACCUUCCAAGAUUGUUGGCAGAGGAAUGAAAAGAAUUAUGAAAACAGUUGUCAAAGAGCCGCGGACCAAUCACUGAGAGCUUCAGAUCAACUUCCAUUUGUUUCAUGAAAUCCAUAAAUGAUACUCUCAACCACCACUGCCUCUAUCAAUGUCCACAGUGCAAGACUCCACUGAUGAAGAAGAAGCAUCAACUGCGGAGAAAUGUGCUGAGAUAUUCAUGAUAAAAACCCAAAGAUAAAUU